AUGGCCGACAGCUCAGCUCCCGUUAGCAGCGCAGCUCAGCCCAAUGCUGUCCCAGUCGCCGCGCCCGCUGCCGACAAUGCGCUGCCCAAGAAUCCUGUCGCCGAGGCUUCAGCUGAAAAGCCAGCCGAAGCGACCUCUACCUCUGCAGCAGGCGCGGAGCCUCUCACAUUAGCCCCGGAGACCAACAAACCCACAGAAGCUCCUGCUCCUGCUGCCAGUGGCACAACUGAGGCCCCCGUGAGCAACAGCAAUGGUGUCAAUGGCACUACAGCCGGGGACAAGUUUGAGCCUGUUGUCCCAGAGGAGAAGAAGGCCGAUACCGCAGCUCCUACCCCUGCAGUGGAGAAUUCGGCCUCUUCUGCGGCAGCCCCAGGGGCAAGCGCUUCUGAAUCGGCCGCUCCUGGUCAAGCGCCCGUCAUGACCGGCGCACUUGGUGCCUCUGAGCCAAAGCCGUCGGAGUCGACCAACGAUGACGGCGUCAAGGAUGCCACUCCCGUUGCCAAGCCCGCAGAGCUCAAUGGGGGCCAGGACGAGGAUGUCGAGAUGAAGGAUAGCGCUGCCGCGGCUCCAUCUCUUGCGACUUCUGCAGCUCCGCCAGCGGCGCCAGCCGCCCCAGAGAACCCGGCGACGGGCCUCGCAGCUACGACUGAGCCUGCUUCCAACAAUGAGGCCAGCGACACCACCGCAGAAACCGGUGAGAAACGCAAGGCCGAGGCGGUCGGCACCAAUGGAGCCACCGCGGACGAGGAACCUGCCGAGAAGAAGCAGAAGCAAGGUGUAGUUGGCAAGGUCGUUGAGAAGGCCAAGGAAGUUGUCGAGGAAGUCAAGGAGAAGACUGAAGGCUCUUCCAACAAGGGCGCCGGUCCGACUCGGAAGGCUAGUAAGAAGGGCAAGAAGGAGGCUGCGCCUGCGCCUGUGGGCCGCACGGCGCGCAAGACAAGGAGUCAGGGCAACGCUGAUCUCUAA